AUGUCCCCUUUCGAGCAUUCCACAACAUUCGGCAACUUUGGCGUUCCGGCAAGCUCUCUAAUUCAUGACAACCCAUUAGGCAUCGCCACGCAGACCAGUUCGCCUGAGAAUAGUGAGACAAGACACUCGACACAGGACGGGGAUCUCAAAGCUGUCGAGACUACCGGGCAACCGGAAACAAAGAAGGUCUCUAAUAUCCUUGGCAAUUCGGCCGGUCAGGAUGAACCAGAGAAGGACGACAAUCCCGAGGGGAGCUCUAAGCACCAAUUUCAGAUUUCGCGAAAGGAUAACUUUUACGUGGACCCGCGGCUAAUCGGUCACUUCUUUCACGAAUGUUUUGCUCUCGCUGCGUUGGCUGUUUACUGGAUCGGAUGGGUAGUCUGCGCACUGGGGUACCUUAUUCUACGGACGUUACGCCAGGGCGGCCAACAUGGACCGUUAAAUAUACCUCCACCUCCUGACGGAGACAAUACUCCAAUCCGCACACCAGGUUCCUAG